AUGGAAUGGAUUCCAGUUUCUAAGGACGGUCAAGUCAAGAAGAGAAUUAUUACUCAAGGUUCAGGUGCUGAACUCCCACCACACGGAUCAAAGGUCUCUGUUCACUACACUGGUACUUUGACUAAUGGAAAGAAGUUUGAUUCUUCUGUUGAUAGAGGCACUCCAUUCUCCUUCAACUUGGGUCUCGGACAGGUUAUUAGAGGUUGGGAUUUGGGCGUCAAGACCAUGAAGAAGGGUGAAAAGGCUAUUCUUGAAAUUCCAUCAGAGUACGCAUAUGGCUCUCAAGAAAUUCCAAAGUUAAUCCCUGCCAAUUCUACUUUGAUCUUUGAAGUUGAAUUGUUGUCAUGGAAGUAAAUAAUUGGAAAAUGAUAAUAAUUAAAUAUUUAAUAAAUAUUUAAAAAUAUUUAUUUAAA